GUUGUUUUGAAAUGGAUUUACACCGAAGAUGGCCACCAGCUUAUUGAUUUUAAUCGGCCCUUCCUCUCCGGUGCUUCUCUGCGAACAUAUGCAGAUGCAUUCCAUCAAAAGGGUGCGGCGUUGAAUAACUACUGGGGUUUCAUUGAUGACACUGUCGGCCCUAUUUACCGCCCACUCCAAAAUCAACGAAUCGUCUACAACAGCCACAUACGGAUACAUACCUUGAAAUCCCAAUCUAUUGUGACUCCAAAUGGUCUCCUUGCCAACUUAUAUGGCCUAAUAGCUGAGUCGAGAUAUACUUGUAUUCAAAAAGUAAUUACCAAAUUAAAUGUAGUUUCAUUUCCGUAUUUAUCACAGUUUUAACUUGAAGGAAACACUCUACUAUUUUUUGUGUCAUUCGCUUUAUUUAUGCGUGGCUUACAUGUGCUCCUGCUAUUUGUGAAACGACAAUUAAAAUGAUAAAAUUACAGAUAAGAAUACCACAGAAACUUUGGUACAAGAUGGGGUUGCUUUGAUACGUUUUUGGACAAGUCAGGGAAGGCAAGGGCUAGUCUACAAAAAAAAAAGGAGAAGGGCUUGCCAUAAUCGUGCUGUCCUUGUUAUACAAUAUUCUUCAUUUUGUCUUUAGAGAGGGCAGGAGGCAUGACAGCGGGACGCUUGCCGAUUCCGGGGUGUACGAGCUAACUAGGAACUCUUUCGACUCGGCUAAGCACCUUUUAUGCUUGUACGGAGACCCGGCAUACCCACCGAGAGUCCAUCUCCAAGCUCCCUUCAGAAAUGUGGUACUUACCCAGCAGAUGGAGGAUUUUAAUAGUUCAACGAGUUCCGUUCGUUCUUCAGUAGAGUGGCUCUUUGGCGACAUAAGUAACGAUUUUAAGUAUCCUUAUUUGAAGAAAAACUUAAAGAUA